AUGGAAUCAAAGUUUCAUGCGUUUAUGUUCCCAUGGUUUGCUUUUGGUCACAUGACUCCGUAUCUGCAUCUGGCGAACAAACUAGCUGAAAAAGGUCACCGGAUCACUUUCUUGUUACCCAAGAAAGCUUUGAAGCAACUUGAAUUUCUCAAUCGUUUCCCAGACAGUAUUGUCUUUCACCCUCUCACAAUCCCUCCUGUCAACGGCCUCCCUGCUAACGCCGAGACGACCUCAGACAUCCCAAUCUCCUUGGACAAGUUCUUGUCCGAAGCCAUGGAUCUCACACGCGACCAGGUCGAAGCUGCGGUUCGUGCUUUGAGGCCGGACUUGAUCUUCUUCGAUUUUGCUCACUGGGUUCCAGAAAUAGCUAAAGAUUAUAUAAUCAAGAGUGUGAGUUACAUCAUAGUAUCUGCGACCACUAUAGCUCACACACAUGUCCCUGGUAGUGAACUAGGCGUUCCCCCACCGGGUUAUCCUUCAUCGAAGGUCUUGUUCCAUGGACACGACGCUCACGCUUUGACGACCUUAUCGAUCAACUACAAGCGUAUCUAUCACCAGCUCACUACAAGUCUCAAGAGCUGUGAUGUUAUCUCAAUGAGGACUUGCCAAGAAAUCGAAGGUAAAUUCUGCGACUUCAUAGCGAGUCAAUACCAUAGGAAGGUUCUCCUGACUGGUCCAAUGCUCCCGGAGGCAGACAAAAGUAAGCCGCUAGACGAACAAUGGAGUCGUUUUCUAAAGCGGGUUAAGGAGCGUGGAGUGGUUUGGGGAGGAUGGGUGCAGCAACCACUGAUACUGUCUCAUCCAUCUGUUGGUUGCUUUGUGAACCAUUGUGGGUUUGGGUCGAUGUGGGAGUCUCUGAUGAGUGAUUGCCAGAUAGUGCUGCUUCCAUUUUUGGGUGAUCAAGUUCUCAACACAAGAUUGAUGACAGAGGAACUCGAGGUCUCUGUAGAAGUGUCGAGGGAAAAGACGGGAUGGUUUGCGAAGGAGAGCUUGAGUGAUGCGGUCAGGUCUGUGAUGGAUAAAGACAGCGAGCGUGGGAAGGUAGUGAGGACGAACCACGCUAAAUGGAAGGAGGUUCUGGUUAGUCCUGGUUUAUUGACCGGUUACGAGGAUAAAUUUGUAGAGGCAUUGCAAGAGUAUCUGAUUUGA